GUCAACUCCAUUAAAAGCCACACACACACACGCACACACAUAUAUAUAGCACAACACAACAAUUAAACAUGGACAUGGAGAAGCAUGCCAUGGCUAGUGCUGGUGCUAGUGGUUAUAGUAGUGAUGCUAAUCCUAAUCAGACCCCAUAUGCAUCUUCUUCUGUUAAUGAUAAUAACAAGUUAUACAAAGGAGUGAGAAAGAGAAAGUGGGGAAAAUGGGUUUCUGAAAUAAGGCUUCCCAAUAGCCGUGAACGCAUAUGGCUAGGGUCUUAUGAUUCCCCCGAGAAAGCUGCACGAGCCUUCGAUGCUGCCCUUUAUUGUCUACGUGGUCGCCAUGCCAAUUUCAAUUUCCCUGACACACCUUGCAACUUGGAGAUCAAUAAUGUGGCUCUUAUACCUGGUCACCAAUCUCUUACCCCACAAGAGAUUCAAGAGGUUGCUGCAAAGUUUGCAAACGAGGAUCCACUACAACUACUACCUCUUGAUCAAGAACCUCAACGUGAUGGUAAUGGUAAUGGUAAUGGUAAUUCAUCACUGGGAUCAAAAUUAUUAUCUAAAUCGGAUAGCACAGUUGAGAGUAGUAGCACUUGUACCCCCACCACCACAGCCUCGUCAUGUUCUACUACUACGUUUGAAUGUGAUGGGACGGUGCAAGUGGACCAUGGGGACAUGAGCAUAAUGGAUUGGACAUUCUUGAACGUGUUUGAUUAUUCCAAUGAGGUUGUUCCUGUUGCCUCAGACUAUGCUCUCUAUUCUGAGUUAGACAAUAUGCACUCAGGUGAGUUAUUGUAUUCCACUCCUCCACCACCACAUCCUUUUCAGGAUAACGAUAUUGAAGAUUAUGAUCCCUUUUAUCAACAAUCAUCCCUUUGGAAUUGGAACUUUUGAUUCUCCUUUACCUGGCCUUUUAACUAAUUAAUUACUUUAAUACCCUAUAUAUAUUUUAUACACAUAUAUAUCCUUGGGUUUUUUACCACCAUUUGAAUAUAUGGUGUUGUAUAUUUCUUAAUAACAAGGACAGGCCAGGCUAUCUUAGACCAUAUAUACCUUACCGUAAAUAUAUGGCUAGUGACCCGGUUUUUCUGUGCUAUCUAUUCCGUUGAUUAGCACGAGCUACCAACUAGCACCGAUAAAUGUUCUCCCUUUCCAAUAAAUAAUGUUUGUACUCAUAGCUUGUUUCAUACCAUCUGUAUACUAGCUCAAGUAUAUAUACUUAAAUAUACAUCUCUUUAUAUGUAAUGUAUUCCUUCUCUU